AUGGUGUUAAUUAGGAGAAGCCAGGCUCGCGCAGUGAGACAGAACUCGCAUGUGAAGCAUGAGUUCCAUAUUUCAUCGUUUUUGGGAGAUCCAUUUGCGAUUGGGACUAUAAGUAUUGCGUUUGUAGCGUGGGUGAUUGCUCUUGGGGGGUCGAUCGCUGUUGCUUCGUCGUCCGUUUCGUUUCCCCGGUUUUCAUGGUGGAGUAUAGUGUACCAGAUUCUUGUUUUGUUGACGCUGUUUGGGAUGUACUGCAUGGAUUUGGUGGACUACUACCGCACGUUUCUGACUUGUGCAGUUGGUGUAGCGUUUGUUUACACGUCUAACAGUACGAAUAGUAUCGUUUACAACCAGGGGUCGAAUAGUGGUGCUGCGGCUGCGGGGUUCAUCUUACUUUCCAUGAUUAAUUUGGUGUGGGUGUUUUAUUUUGGAGGGGAUAACGCAUCGCCAACGAAUAGAUGGAUCGACUCUUUCUCGCUACGUGGUAUCAGACCCUCGGUAGUGGAAACGACCAUGGGUAUCGCCAGAUCUCAAAGGCUGCCCCCAAAACCCGUUUAUCCUUACCAAUACCAGGAGGAUUUGCGUUCAAACUCGCUGCACGAUUUGCAGCACAACAGCGAAGACGAGGAAAACAUCGAACGUACUGGGAAUUUGUAUGCCCCAGAACUUCAAUCUUCCACCAAAUACGUUUCGUCCACGGUUCUUAAUGGGUUUGAAAAUACGGAUCAUUCUUCCUCCAAGCCAAAUCUCAAUCUGGACUUGGCUGCACCAAAUACAGCUACUUUCAAUACACAGGCUAGCAACUCCUUCAUCACAGAUACCACGAAUGCUAAUACAGACACGACGAUGGGAGAUACGUUGGGCUUGUACAGUGAUAUCGGAGAUGAACUCAAUAGCUUCCCAUACACUGCAGAAGCACUUUACACCUACCAAGCCGAUGAAUCGGAUGCUUAUGAAAUAUCCUUUGAACAAGGUGAAAUAUUAAAGGUUGGAGACAUCGAAGGAAGAUGGUGGAAGGCAAAGAAAUCAACCGGACAAACAGGUAUUAUCCCAAGUAAUUACGUCAAACUUCUCGACGGGAAAUAG